AUGGCAAAAUUCGGAACAGACAAACCGGAUACAAGAAUUAAAUGGGAAAUUACUGAUUGUUUAUUGGAAGAUGUUAAUAAUUUGCCAAAUCUUAAAGCAAAAAUGUUUGUUGCAAAAGGAGCUAGAGAUUACUUUGGAGUGACUGAAAAACGUUGGGAAGAGAAAAUUAAUAAGUUGCCUUAUAAAAAGGAUAAUUAUUCAAUUAUUUGCCCAUCACAAAUCAGCAAAUUUAACAGAAUUCCAAUAAAUAAAGGUCAUUUAUUGAAUUUAAAUCUGGACAAGGAUGAUGAUGCUAUUGUUGUUUGUUGGGGUUAUUGUGAAGAAAGUAUUUUAAAAGCUCUAGGUUAUUUACGUAAUUAUUUGGCUGAAGAAAGGGUGGCCUGGCCUUGUAAAUUUAAUUUUGUUUGGAUUCAACGAUUUCCUUUAUUUGUAAAAAACGAGGAUAAUAUCCGCAUCACAUUGCAAAGUACACAUCAUCCUUUCACGGCUCCAAUACCUGAACAUGAGGAUGAUUUGAAAAAUGGAAUAAAUUUGGAUAAAAUUGAAGGUUUGUGGAAAGGAGCGGUUAAAAAAAAGACCCCAACCCUAAGCCAUUUUACGCCUGGUGGUGCAAAUGAAUUUCCUGUGCCUGCUAAUGAUUCGGGCGAAUGUUUUAGUCUUCCACAGAGCCCUCAGAUUUACAAACAAUUGUUAAUGUGUGGAGGAAUUGACAAAUAUUAUCAGGAGCAGUAUAAACCAACCGUUCCUUUUCCUCGUAUGGAUUAUUCUGAAGCGGAUACAAGAAUUACUUGGGAAAUCACUGAUUGUUUAUUGGAAGACAAUUUAAUUAAAGCUAAAAUGUUUGUUGCAAAAGGCGCUCAAAAAUAUUUAACUAAAGGAAGGAUGAUACGUUGGGAACAGAAAAUUGAUAUGUUGUCUUUUAAAAAAGCUCCAAUACCCGAACAUGAGGAAAAUUUGAAAAAUGGAAUAAAUCUGGAUAAAAUUGAAGCUCAACAUUAUGAUCUUGUACUUAAUGGAGAAGAAAUUGGAGGAGGGUCAAUACGAAUUCAUAAUGCGGAACUGCAAGAAUAUGUUUUGACUAAAAUUCUUGAAAUUGAUUCUGAACCUUUGAGACAUUUACUCGAAGCUUUACAAUAUGGAGCUCCGCCACAUGGUGGUUUUGCAUUAGGAUUGGAUAGAUAUAUAGCUAUAUUAAAUGCUAGAGGUUUAUUUAAUUAA